AUGGCCGUCAUCUCCGACACAAUAACCCUACUCAUCCACCACCUACCCGGCAUCUUCCUCUUUGCCGUUCUCUUCCACCUAACGCGCAACUACCUGACUACAGGCGCAUCCGCCGUCCCAGGCCCAUUCCUAGCAAAGCUAUCGCAUAUAUGGCGCUUCAUAGACGUAGCAAAUGGCCGCGCAGAGAGAACGUUGUACAAACUACACCAGAAACACGGCGACUAUGUCCGUAUAGGCCCGAACGUGAUCAGCAUACGGGAUCUGGAGGUGCUGAAGAUGAUCUAUGGCAUUAACCAGGGUUAUAGAAAAACGGAUUUCUACCGUGUGCAGCAGCAGAUGGCAAAGGGUAGAGCAACGCCCACGCUGUUCACGACAACGGAUGAGGGUUUCCAUGCUGCCAUAAAGAAGCCUAUCUCUGCAGCUUACUCGAUGAGUACAUUGACGGAGUUUGAACCAUUUGUUGAUAAGACUAUACAUACUUUUUUUGUGCGGUUGGAUGAGUUUGCGGCGAGGGAGACAGUGUGCGACAUUGCUAGCUGGCUGCAAUAUUAUGCAUUCGAUGUCAUCGGCGAAUUAACUUUCAGCAAACCGCUCGGGUUCCUGGAACGGGGUGGUGAUGUGGGCGGAAUAAUUGCUGCUCUGGAGAAGAUGUUAAACUACUCUGGGAAGAUCGGUCAAAUGCCAUGGCUGGACUACGUUUUCAUCAAGAACCCUCUUCGACAAUUUAUCCAAGGCGGCUCAACAGGCGCCGUGGCACGCUUUGCACGCGCUCAAUUAGACGAGCGUCUCCGACAGACAGAAGAAACCGAGGACAAAUCAGCACCUCCACUUCAUAGAGACUUCCUAUCUCGAUUUUUAGAAGCGAAGAAGACGAAUCCGGAUAUCGUCACCGAUAAUCAGAUCUUCUCGUACACGAUCAGCAACAUGAAUGCUGGCUCCGAUACAACGGCCAUCUCUCUUCGUGCUAUUCUCUACUACACACUGAAAAGUACCCAAAUUACCGGGAAACUAUAUCAAGAACUCACAGAUGCAUAUAAAGAGAACCGAAUCUCACUCCCCGUAUCUUGGAAACAGAGCCAAGAGCAACUGCCUUACUUAGAUGCAGUCAUCAAGGAAGCACUGCGCCUCCAUCCUGCCGUCGGCUUGCUGCUUGAGCGCAUCGUUCCAGCAGGUGGACUCCAACUUCCUCAUGGCGGACCAUAUCUACCCGCGGGCACAAUUGUCGGCGCUAAUCCGUGGAUUAUUCAUCGGUCUUCGGUGUUCGGAAAUGAUGUGGACGCAUUCAUUCCAGAACGGUGGCUACAGAAGAAUGGCGAGACGCAGACGGACUUUCAAACUCGCAAGCAGCAGAUGCUAAGGGCGACCUUCACAUUUGGGGCUGGGCCGAGGACUUGUAUUGGGAAGAAUAUUAGUUUGCUGGAAAUCUAUAAAUUGAUCCCGUCGAUUUUUCUCAGGUACAAGGUUAGUUUUAUUGAGCUCAAGGACCCUGAUGUUGAGUGGGAGAUUGUAAAUGCUUGGAACGUCAAUGGUACUGCGGCUACUGCUGCUAUCGAAUUUGGUGCCACUGUGCCCGCCGAGUUGUCGUCUAUGCCCGCCGUUCGCGAUAUCACCAUGACUCAGCCAGCUCUUGUUCCACUCUUUACCAUUGACUUUCAGGCUCUGUACAUAGAAGCUAUCGUCUGCGAGGUUCUCCGCAGUGAUUCGUAG